UGGCAGCGCUGGUGAAAUAGUUUGUGGUUCACCAAACUGGGCAGAAUUCCACCUUUGGGGACUGUCAGAGCAUCUUGGCACAUCUUCCACAUCCUGGCAGUGGCUGAAUCUCAUUGGCUCUGUAGGACAUUUGUUCGCUUUCUGACCUCCAGUCAGGCUGCUCAGGUACGGCCGCUCCGCUCAGCAUCAUGGAUCAGAUGCAGGAAGGCGUGGAAAAGGUAUAAAGACAGACAAGCAGUCGGCUCGUGUUCAGACCUGACGCUGCCGCCUUUCCUCGAGAAGCGUAAAGAUGGCGUACUCCACCGGCACGCUCGCACAGGGCGCCUUUGGGAAGGUGUACAAGGAGAAAUACAACGACACCUGGGCUGCUAUUAAGAAAGUCCCCCAACACCUCAUCAACAGGAAGGACCUGGAGAGAGAAUGCGACGUGUACAACAAGUCAGAUCAUCCCAACAUAGUGAAGCUUCUGGGCAACAUCACUCUGAAAGGCGGGAAAUGGAUCAUUCCACUAGAGUUUAUCUUUGGAGAGGACUUGGAGACAACCAUCUUCAAGGCGUCAAAGUCCAAAAUACAGUUGACUCCAUCUAAUCGAGGCAAAAUCAUCGUGGGCAUGUGUGAAGGGUUGCUUCACCUCCACUCCAAGGACAUUGUGCAUCAAGACCUCAAGCCUGAAAACAUCAUGGUGGAACACGACACAAACAGAGCGGUAAUCAUCGACCUGGGUUUGGCCAAGUUCUUCAGACGAGGUCUAAACUCUGCCAUGGACAUGGGCAACGAGGCCUACUCAGCCCCUGAGGUGCUGCAGAGGGGCAGCCAGCGGGAUCAGCGUUCAGACGUCUGGGCCAUGGGCAAGAUCAUUGCUGAGCUCUGCGCCCGGAUUCGGCUGUACACACCCAGCGUCUGUCCUGCCAAGAUCAAGGAGACUCUGAAGGAUCAGCCCUACUGCCAAGCUGUGUGUAGGAUGGUGGAGCCAGACCCUUCUCUGAGGUCCUCCAUCGUUGGGGUCAUAGGUGACAUACGAAGGGCCGGAGGCACCAAUACAUCCAUUCAAACAGAACACCUGAAGCUACCUUCACAACAGAUUCAUGCCAGAAACCGGUCUCCAUCUCCAAUGAACAGAGGGGCGUCUCCACGUAUCCCUGAUCCAACACCGUUAAACAGGGCGCCAUCACCGUUUAACAGAGAUCCAGCUCCUGUAAACAGGGCGCCAUCACCAUUUAACAGAGAUCCAGCUCCUGUGAACAGGACGCCAUCACCAUUUAACAGAGAUCCAGCCCCUGUGAACAGGUCACCUCUCAAUUGGGAACGUUCACCCAGACCUCAACCUGCACUGCACCGCAAUCCUUCCCCUCUGAAGGCAGAGGACAAGAACAAAAGCCAGGCUCUGGUCCCAGCAGGCGGAGCAGAAAUCACAAAAGACUUUCUGAAGAUGACUCUAUACCAAGAAGCUGCCAAGGAUCUUGGCUGCAACCUUCCAACAACGGGGAGGGUGGUGGUCCGGCGCUUCGAGGAGAAGAACGGGGGCCUGGAAGCAUGGGAGCAGAAAGAGGUGGUGACUCGUGAUGGGAAAAUAGUCAAAUACGAUGACAUCAAGUUUAACAGCAAUUAGGAGAAGCUGUCAGAAAACAGUUGCAUGUUGUGGUUGACUGGUUAGUUCAGAGUAAACUGACUUUGGGUUUCUUCUUAGGAGAGCUUUGAAAAGCAUUUCCACUCUGCUAAAGAGUAAACUGGGAUUAAAGUAAAGUAGGUGCUUGUGUUUUGCACAUGUAAAAACUGAGUUUAAAAAAAAAAAAGUGACAAAGUUUAACUUAAAGAUAACAUGAAAAGACUUUUGUUGGGAUGUAACAUGAUAGGCAGCCAUGUUAGGCUUGUGAUAGGAAUUUGAGCUGCUUGUUUACUUGCCAAGACGACGGCAUGGCGGGCGUGAACAGCCAUCUGUGAAUGUUUUUCAGCAUCUGAAUGUACAAGACUGUAAACAUGCUUCACACAUUUUGUGUACAUUUAUAAAAACAUUCUUAAAUACAUGUUGCAACUGCAGA